CACACACACACACACACACACACACACACACGAAAAGUACACGAGACACGAACCCAAUGCUGACAACACAAUACCCCCUUGCGGUGCAUCAAAUAAUUGCAUCGCUCUUACAGCUAUUCUAUUCCAUUGAACAAAGAGUGUUACCUCUUUACUAUUAGUGUAUUGCUCUCUGUUUCUGACUGAUAAUAGGACGUAACACAGGGAUGAGGAGAAAACAAUCAUUUGGAUCCUACACAACACGUUGUUGUACCUAAAUAAUUCCACAAGAGGGCGACAUAUAAACAUUUCUUACAACCAAUUAACAUCUACUGCCUUCAGUCCAUGACGUCCCCGACUAACUAAAAGUCUGCGUCUGCAAAAAUGCUCUUUUAUCAUAACUCGACAUGAAAGUAGCAAAGCCAAAACAGUCAAUGACAUGCUUUUCGGGAUAUACAAUUAGCUAUGGUGGAAGAAAAGGUAGUACAGAGAGAUGAUGAUGAUCCCCAGAGGGAGGGGAGGGAGAUUGCUGAGGAAGAACCAGUGGCCCAGCUCAAGAAGGAGCACAAGACAGGAAAGGCGAAGAGGAAAAGUAGUGCCAAGAAGUCAGGGGAGCAGGGCACUGAUACGGAUGCAGGAUUGAGGAAUAAACACCCGGACAGAGGAUCUGUUAUUGAGCUCUUGGAGAAGAAUGCUCUUAAGGCUGCAUUCGGCCCAGGCAACAAAGAUGAGAUGGAGGACUGCUACCCAAUCCUCAUCUCAUUCAUGCGCAAUCUUACUGAUGAGCAAUGGCAAGUGAUCUAUAAAGGAUUUAAAAAACCUAUGACAAAGGAACAGCUUGCAAAAUUGUGCAAGACCAUUGUCAACUUCAUUGCACAGACCACCCUGCAGAUCCUGCUGCCGGCCCUGGCCCGCAUUCUAGGGGUGACAGGCUUUUAUGACAACGCUGACUCACUCAAGAGGGGCGGCAGUGCAAGAUCCUUCACUGCCUUUGAGCAGAAAAGACUGGAGCUCAUCCAGGAAGUAAAAUAUUUGGCGAAGGAGAUGUGUAACUGUGGCGGCAGGGCUCUCCGACCAAGGUCUAGCACACCCUCUUCCAAGAGUUCCCAGACCUCACUGAAAGUCCACCUGGGAAUGCCAGAGGACAGUAUCAUCAGCAGUGUCCAGGAGCAACUGUCAAAAUCUGACCAAAUGGUGGCUGCAGGACAGCUUUCACAAAUAGAUAAAGUGGUUGGAACUAUGCUGGAGAACAUUGAGAAGAUAAGCAGCGAAUGUGGCGAGGAAUCGGUCUUUCAAGAGUCACUGCGGUCUUCCUCCUCAUUGUCAUUCUCAAAUGCCAAAUCACAGAAGACAGAGUGGGAAUUUGCACUCCCUGGCACUCCCAUUCCUUCUGAGUUACCCGAGAGUCCUGCUCAGCCCAUUGUAAGAUGCUCAGUCAUUGACAUGAGCGAAUCUACUAAGCCAAAAACAAUGGUGUGUGAUGCCAGAACAAGCAUGUUUGCCAUAGCCGAUACCAUCAUGAAGAAGGUAUAUCCAGAGGCAGAAGGGCAGGUUACAUCUCACCCUGAUCUAACAGAUCCAAUAGCUAGACUGGAGGAGCUCAUAUCUCAGGGUAGGAUUGGUGCUCUCUCCCGUGAUCUCAGUCACCAAGUCAACCGCAUAAUUUCUGAUAGCAACUUGACCCCUCUGGGACUGACAGUGGCGGCUGGAAAGAGUGCAUCUGAUACCAUCCUUUCGAAGCUGAAGAGGAAUGACAAGGUGGGGAAGCCCACAACUUACGAGCUGGUUCAGCUGUUUGUAGAGGAGUCUGUUAAGUGCCUCCUGCUUCCUAGUUUUGUGCCCUAUUCAACUUCAAUGAGUUUGGCUCAGGAGGCCAAGGUGUUGGCUAGAGUGUCUGAAGAUAGAAUUUCAUGCUCUUCUUCUUCAUCAGUAUUUAGUGACACAGUCAGUCUCUUUACCAAAGUUAUGGUAAGCCAGGUCAUGUACUCUGUGGAUUCUGAUGCAGAAAGUAGAGGAUCCUCUCCAACUGAAUCUCUCCAAACAUCUGAAACCACUAUAUCUGAUGUAGGCAAUCUAUUGAGUGGCAAGUCCUCCCUUCGGCUGUCUCCUUCUGGCGUCAUUAUGGCAACAAGCGAGACCUCCAAUGCAGCACAAAUCUUGAAGGCCAACAUUGAUGGAGAGGAAGUGGAUACCACCAGUCAUUCUGGUGUAGCUCAAAACAUUGUCAGGGACGAUAUGUCAACCAGCCCAGACAUGGUCAAAGAUGUCACACUUCCAACCCCAUCCUCUGAUAACUUGGGCAGUGAUGAUGACUUCACCGGCCUCAUCAGCAUGUUAGUGGUGAGAAUUCUAACAGAAAUCCAAACCCCAGCAGAAGAUUACCCAGUUGACGUCACACGCAAGUCACAAGACCUGAUCCCCAAAGUUAUGGAGGUCUUCUGUGCAUGGUCAGGCUGCUCUGAGACACAAGCCUAUCCAGAGAACUUGAGGAUUCAUAAAGUCUACAGAGUCGUCUAUAAAAAUCUGUUGGAGGAGUUUGGCUCGGAGAAAAUCCUCCAACAGGCCGUGUCGACUCAGGACUCUUCAUUUGAUAGGAUUCUUGUCAAGUCUUUGAGUGAAGUGCUUCUCCACAGAUGUAAUGAGGCAUUGAGGGCAGCCUCAAGAACAUCAGUCAAAACCACCGGGCCUAAGGCUCUUCCACUGGCUGAGGAUGUGAGGUCUAGCAGCGGGAAACUAUCUUUUCUACAAAGGCUGGUCAGGCUGACAAGCAACUUAAAGCUAUUCAAGAAGGGGAACAAGAAGGAUUCCCACCGCUCUGAAUCAGAACAAGUACAGACCACUGCUGAAGAUGGCAUGCUGCCCAGCAUAGUGCCACAUGCUGCCAUGUCUGCACUGCCAAAGGAUCUCCCCGCCAGCUCCCAACAGGAGACGCCUCACAAACGUCCACUUCUCGUCAGGAUGUUUUCUGCCAUCUCCAAAGGCCUGUUCAAGCCCUUCAAACAGUCCUUAAAGACCAAGUAACUUAAGACAAUUUAUUAAACGUCAUUCAUUGCUUUAAA